UCAGCUUGCUAGAGUGACGUAUGGUACGUGCUACGGUACGCCACUUGUGACCAAGAGGGAAAAGCGCGGACAUUGAGAAUACUGGGGAAAUUGUAGAUGGCGACUGAUACCUACAUUUGGCCGACUUCGUUUUCGAACACGCAGAAUGAUCUCUGACUAAUUUCACAGUCAAUUAUAUGAGGAUUGCCCAUCUUCAAUGUUACUUUACAGAAACAGGAUCAUAACUUAAUUGAUUGCUGGAACAGAGUCCAAUUUCCUCUUCUCAUGUAAAGGCAUCAGGAGUUGUCUAACAUGGACAGAGAAUUAAGGUCAGGGAAGGAGAUUAAUGAGGACAAGGUGCCUCAUCAUAGGGACACAGGAAGUGUCUCCACAGAGGAAAUGGAGAGUGGAGGAAUUCCUUCCCUAGCAAAGAGGCCCAGGCCUGAUGAUGUCACAGCUGACAGCACAGGAGAGAUUGAGGAGGACACCGGCGGUAAGGUGGCUGAUGGGAAGGAGUCAGACCAGCCCCCUCGGGUUGAGGUGAACAUUACCCCGGAGACAGGUUACGGCUGUGCCUGUCCCAUCUGUGGCUUUAUGGCCAAAACUCCAACUGCCUUGAAGAUUCACUCCAAGAGGAAGCACACCGGUAGAGGAAAGACCCGGGGUGUGAGCUCAGCUGAGGUACUUGUUGAAAUAGAUGGCUCCACAACCGGAGCAACAGCACAGACUUCAAAUUACAAGACAGGUGGAGACACUGAGGAGAAAGUGAGCAGCAGUGAGAGACAGCAGGAUGCCACAGAGAGUCAGAGUCAGGGCACAGAGGCAGGGGGUUCUGGGGGGGAGGUGACUACAAUAAUAGCCAAAGAGGAAAUUGCUGAGAAACAAGGGACAGGGAGAGAUACAUUUGAUAUGAAGGUGACUACAAUAGCUACAGAGGAGAUUGCAGAGGAGGAGCAAGAAAAGACCCCCGGUAAGAAGAUAGUAGGUAAACGGGGCCCCAAGCCCAAGACCAUACAUGCUUGUAGCUACUGUGGUCACGAGUUUAGGGACAAGCCAAGCCUAGAUACACACAUCAAGAGACGCCACACCAAAGAGAUGAAUUACUUCUGUGAAUUCUGCUUGUACGCCUGUGUGGCAAAGUGCGACUACGAAAAGCACUGUCUUAGUAACAAGCACAACAAACGAGUCGCGGAAAGCAGGGAAUCCUCUGGCCUCUCGUCACCCAUGGACAAGAAGACAGCCGAGCAGGCUCAAAUCUUUGCCUCCACGACGACUCAGACCCGGGCGUCCAGGCGUGCGCUCGGUGCCAGGUUCCAGCUGCAGUGCGGGAGUUGCGAAUUCAGGGUCAGCAACUCUGCUUUGCUGGAGAGCCACGCUCGGCUAAAGCGCCACGGCGAGCAUCGCUUCCUCUGUAACGUCUGCCGCUACUACACCGCUACAUCCGAGUGGAUGGACACACAUGUGUCCUCGGAGAGCCACCGGCGUGUGGCUGAGGAGAAAAACACAGGGUCCUCCUUUGAGGAGUGCGUUGAGAAGGUGAGCAAAGAUUCGAUCGGUGACGACAUGCUGACCGAUGACGUGGCAGUAGGGGUCAUCGGACGUGAUGGAGAGCUGCAACCUGAUGUUAAUGAGGAAGCUAUUGAGGCUGCGAAAGUCGUGUUGGAGAACAUGGAAGAGCACACGGACGAGAAAAGCCCCCUCAAGAGGAGGAGAGGCAGGCCAAAGGGGCCUGCUGCAACUACAUGUGAAUACUGUGGCCUUCUCGCCUCCAAUAGUACCAAUCUAAAUGUGCAUAUUCGUCGUAAGCACAGCCGGCAGUACAGCUUCACCUGCAGGCUUUGUUCUUACAACUGUGUGACGAAAGGCGACAUGGACCGACACUGUGUCACAAAGAAGCACCUUAAACGCGUGGAGGAUGCUAGCAGCGAUGGCCAAGUGGACCUGGAUACGUCAGUGCAGGUCGUGAGUAAAGAGUCAGGCUCUCAGGCCAGCGAGGGUGAGGCUAUACAUCGGAAUAGUCCAGUCAGAGCAGGGUCCAAAGGAGAGGAGGGGGCCACGGACAAAACAGGGGAGCUGUCACAAGACGACGUCAAAGGACAAGUGAGCAGCCCGAAAAAGAGCAAGUACGACUUGGUCAACUCCUGCAGCCAUUGCAGCUUCGUAGCUCAUUCGAUUCCCUCCCUCGACCUCCACGUGAAGAGGAGACACACCCGGGACUUUGAGUUUGUGUGCCUGGCGUGCAGCUACUACGCGGUCACGCGUCGAGAGAUGUCUCGCCACGCCUCCACGGACAAGCAUAAGCAGAAGAGUGAGGUCUACCUAGAGAACCUGGAGAGCUUUGUGGCGGAAGACCUGGCACAGCCAGAGGAGGAGGCCAUGGAGCUGGGGAACAGAGCUGACCCUGAUGCUGACAACAAUGCUCACACUGAGGAUCCCUCCCCCUCAGUGCCCCCUGACACAGACAUAGAGCAGCCCACAGGCACAACUACAGACCAGCCUAACAGUAUAGACACAGACCAACCCACAGACACAGAUACAGAUCAACCCACAGAGACAGAGCAGCCCAACAACACAGACACAGACCAGCCCCCUAUCAUCGAUACAGAACAACCCACAGACACAGGUACAGACCAACCCACAGAGACAGAGCAGCCCAUCAACCCAGACACAGACCAGCCCCCUAUCAUCGAUACAGAACAACCCACAGACACAGACCAGCCCAAUGACACAGACACAGACCAGCCCCCUAUCAUCGAUACAGAACAACCCACAGAUACAGACCAGCCCAAUGACACAGACACAGACCAGCCCCCUAUCACCGAUACAGACCAACCCACAGAGACAGACCAGCCCAAUGACAUAGACACAGACCAGCCCCCUAUCAUCGAUACAGAACAAGCCACAGAUACAUACCAACCCACAGAGACAGAGCAGUCCAUCAACACAGACACAGACCAGCCCCCUAUCAUCGAUACAGAACAACCCACAGAUACAUACCAACCCACAGAGACAGAACAGCCCAACAACACAGAGCAUAUUACCACUAACCCCACACAGACUUCUGACGUUUUGAGCAAUGAGCAGGCAGCCCCAAUAGUGGAAGUUAGUGGCACUGUUGUUGAGGAAAACACAGAGAUCCAGGUGGCUGGUGAGGCGUCCUGUGGUGGCUCGGAACAAACCAGCAACGAAGCUCUAGGUACGUUUGAGCCUCAGGAGGCACCAGCAGAAAUCCCCAUUACACCGCCCGAGGAAGGCCAGAAGGAAGGGGCCGAGCCCGAGGCGGAACCAGAGCUAUUCUGUUCAGACGACGACGUUGAGAUGGCUGAUGAGAAACCUGACAUCUCUUCCCCAGAGAAACAGCUCACCAGGGCGCUGCCGUUCGACGCUUGCAUCAUACCUCUCAAGUCCUUGACUGAAGCCGAGCUGGCUUUGCAUGAAGAACGCAUGGCUCACUCUGUUGAGGGCCACUCUGGCCUGGCCGGACCGGGCAGUUUCCAGAAGAUCAAAAGAACCAAACCUGUAGGGGCUUCAGGUCUGUCCAAGGGGUUAACUCCCAACCCCCGCAUCCGCUGCGAGGACUGCGGCUUCGUGGCGGACGGCAUGAGCGGCCUCAAUGUGCACAUCUCCAUGAAGCACCCGUCCAAGGAGAAGCACUUCCACUGCAUGCUGUGCGGCAAGUCCUUCUACACGGAGAGCAACCUGCACCAGCACCUGACCAGCGCCGCCCACCUGCGCAACGAGCAGGCCAGCAUCGAGGAGCUUCCGGAAGGCGGCGCCACCUUCAAGUGCGUGAAGUGCACGGACCCGUUCGAGACGGAGCAGGAGCUGUUCGUGCACAUCAAGGAGAAGCACGAGGAGCUGCUGCGCGAGGUCAACAAGUACGUCCUGGAGGACACGGAGCAGAUCAACCGCGAGCGCGAGGAGAACCAGGGCAGUGUGUGCAAGCACUGCGGCAAGGUGUGCAAGAGCAGCAACUCCAUGGCCUUCCUGGCGCACAUCCGCACACACACAGGAUCGAAGCCCUUCAAGUGCAAAAUCUGCAACUUUGCCACCGCCCAGCUGGGUGACGCCAGGAACCACGUGAAGAGACAUCUGGGCAUGAGAGAGUACAAGUGCCACAUCUGUGGGUGAGUACCACAGUCAGUGACUAGUCACUACCUUUUUAACUGGGGAUGCCUGGGUUGUGUUCAUUAAGUUCCAAACGGAAGAAAAAAGGUCAGAAACGGAAUGGAAGGGCAAGGUACUAUCUGAACUUAAGACGAAACACUUGUUUUCCUUUUACGUUGC